AGGGGUGCAGCGGAGCCAUCGGCAGUUCUAACAGUAGCGGCACGGCGAGGUCACGCCGUGCAGAACUGCAGAAGGAGCAUGGCGAGGUCAAGCGUUUACGGUGGCAAGCUGAUCUGCAAAAGGAGAAGACCAAAGUCCCAAUUUUUAAACCUUCCGGAGGACAUACAGUGCAAGGUUCUGUCAGAGUUGCCGCUCAAGGAGGCUACGAGGACCAGUAUCCUGUCCAGCGAAUGGGGAUCCGUCCAGUCGGUCCAUCCCAGGCUGAGAUUUGACGGCGCCACGAUGUGCGGCGGCAGGACCGCCGCCGGGUCGAAACAAUACACCCAGGAGUUUGUUCAGAACGUCAAUGCUGUUCUGCAGAAGCACAACGGGAUGUUCGUGGAAGAUUUCGAGGUCAAGUUUGAGUUUGAGAGGGAGCUGGUUGUCCACCUCGACAACUGGAUUAGGUUCGUCGCGGACUCUCAGACAAAGAAUCUGGCUUUUGAUCUAGUGCCAGACGAGUUCCGUGGUCGACAUGAUCGGUAUGCACUCCCUGCUGAACUUCUGGGCUGCAGAAGCAUGUCCCGUCUACGGAGUAUUCAACUUAGCUUCGUGUCUAUCAAAUUGCCACCCUGUUUCAAUGGUUUCCCCAAUUUAAGAAAGCUCGAUCUGCACCUGGUACAUGUCACAGCAAAGGAUCUUCAGGAUAUGUUGUCUAGUUGCUCUAAUCUUGAGUGGUUGAGUAUAGUUAGGUGUCAUCUGGAGGAUGAACUAAAGGUGGAUCAUCCACUGUCUUGCCUGCUGCACUUGCAUAUUGCAUAUUGUGAGAUAACCAAAAUACAAUUCAAUGCCGUGAAGCUCAAAACUUUUGUCUAUAGAGGGGAGUGGCUUCCUAUUGACCUCACUCAAUCUUCGGAGCUGAAAGAUGUGCACCUUUAUCUUGAUGACUUCAUAACUCUUGAGUUUGCUCUCACCACAUUUCCCACUGCACUUCCAACUGUUCAAAACCUGACCCUGAAAGCUGCUGCACCAUUGAAGAUGCCUGGGUUGCUAGAGAACCCACGCAAGUUUUCUCAGCUGAAAUACUUACAUUUGGAUUUAAUGAUCAUUUAUGAAGAUGCUGGCAACAUUCUCUCUUUAGCCUCAUAUUUGAGAGCUGCUCCUCUUAUUGAAAAGCUUGAGUUGCAUUUCGGUAGUUUUGCACUUCCUCAUUAUGGACAAGAGCCUAUCAGAAGCCUUCCAGGAUGUCGACUUAACUAUCUCAAGAACUUAAAUGUCAUGGGAUUUAUGGGGUCCAUGGGCCAGCUUGAAUUGCUGCUACAUGCCGUGGAAAAUGCCCCUGCGCUCGAGGUUUUAACUCUGGAUCCAGCUUGCAGACGCAAUGUGGAUCAUCAAGGGCGAAAAUAUUUCACAGAAAUGGUUCGUGAAAUUGGCAUAAAGCACCUCGGUGAAAGGGUAUUACCAACUACAAAGCUUUGUGUACUUUAAAACCUAAGCGGUUUAAUCCCACGAGACGACAUGCCGACUGAUUCUUCUGCAUCAGAGUAGUAUCUAACUUGUAUUGUAUCUCCAUGUACGUGAGAGAUCAGUCAUGUACAGUAUUGAGGAGUUGUUUGUAAAGAAUUUUGCACUUGGUUUUAUUAAAUGUUCCUCUCUUA